UCUUCCCAUUGAUUGACCAUGGUAUGCUCAAAUAAUCUCCAGACAAUUCCACCUCUAUAACAGAUCGCAUCCCCAGCUCCACAGAAGCAAAAUGCCCUCCAUCCGCCCAACCCUCCGCACCGUGUCCCUCCUCCUCCGCCGCUCCCACUCUACCUCCUCCGUCUCCGCAUCCGAAGUCUCCCACUUCUCCGCCCUCGCCAACUCCUGGUGGGAUCCCAUGGGCCCCUCGCGGGUUUUACACUUGAUGAACCCUCUCCGCCACGACUUUCUCGCAUCUUGUCUUGCCGAGUCCGACGCAAACCCUUUACCCAACGCCUCGACCGCAGCCGGAGUCUCAACCCCAGAUACAGCCAAGAAUAACCUCAACUACCUGGACAUCGGCUGCGGCGGCGGGAUCUUCGCCGAAUCGCUCGCCCGCACCAUCCCCCUCGAAGACUGCGCAACAGCCACCCCCACCCGCGCAGCAUCAAUCACCGCAAUCGACCCCACCACGACCCUAAUCCAGAUCGCGCGCGAGCAUGCCCAGACGGACCCCAAAGUCUCGGCGCAUCUCCGCUCAGGCAAGUUUCGCUAUGUGAACUGCACGCUGGAGGAUGUAGUCGGCGGUUCCUUAUCCACAUCCACCACAAACGAGAUAAAAAGGCCCGGCGAACCCGAUAAAUUCGAUAUGAUCACCCUCUUCGAAGUCCUCGAGCACAUCGACGCAACAUCCAAAACCUCCACCCCCCUCACCUUCCUCACCGACUGCCUGCGCCUCGUCAAACCCGGCGGCUGGCUGGUCGGCUCGACGAUCGCUCGAACAUUCCCCUCCUUCCUCGUGAACCAGGUCAUCGCUGAAGCGCCGUGGCCGAUUGGCGUCGUCCCGCGCGGCACGCACGAAUGGAGCAAGUUUGUGAACCCGGAUGAGCUGGAGGCAUGGGCGCAGGAGGGCCUGAUGCGGGUUCACGAUCUGGAGAAGGGAAACGUAACGAGGGCCGGGAGCGACGCAUUGCGCGCCAUGAGGUGGAAGUGCUCUGGGGUGGUGUAUUUCCCUGGAUUAGGAUGGAAGAUCGUCCCUGGGUCGGAAAAUUGGGGGAACUAUUUCUGGGCUGUGAGGAAGGGGGGGGGGAUGUAA